UAAGCAGCAGAAUGCUAUGCUCAGUUUCGUUGUCUCCCCCUUAGUUCUUCUGCCAUGGAGCGAUGGGCCGGACGUGUUGCCGUGGUGACGGGAGCCAGCUCUGGGAUAGGCGCCGCCAUUGUCCAAGAGCUGGUCAAGAAAGGGCUGAAGGUUGUCGGACUGGCCAGGAGAAUAGAUCGGCUGCAGGGGUCGUCCUCCGAGCUACAAGGCCUGGCAGGGGAGCUCCACCCUAUACAGUGCGACAUCACCAAGGAGCAGGACAUUCUGGCCGCCUUCUCAUGGAUCAAGAAGCACAUUGGCGGAGUCGACGUCAUGAUUAACAAUGCGGGAGUAGCGCAUCAGUCUUUUCUUUCAGAUGGAGAGACGUCAGAGUGGCGUCACAUGCUGGAUGUUAACGUGCUGGGGCUCAGCAUCUGCACUCGGGAGGCGAUCCGCUCCAUGAAAGAGCGUGAAGUCGCAGAUGGACAUGUCUUGCACAUCAACAGUAUUUCAGGCCACGGUUUGCCCCAAAGUGCUGCAAUGCUGUACAUGUAUGGGGCAUCAAAACAUGCUGUCACAGCACUAACAGAGGGGCUUCGCCGUGAACUGGUUAAGAGCAACUCCAAAAUACGUGUUACGAGUCUUAGUCCUGGUUUGGUGCGCACGGAGAUCAUGGAUGCUGGUCACAUGCGCACCUUCACGUCACGGGAUGUUUUCUCUGGAAAUCCCUGUCUCGAUCCUCAGGAUAUCGCCGAUGCCGUGCUCUAUGUUUUAGGAACUCCACCGCAUGUUCAGAUACAUGAGCUAACAAUUAUUCCAACUGGACAGAAGUACUGAUGUUCUUGG